AUGUUUCAGGAGCUCCUACUCUGUGAAGAGACCCUCAUCAUCUACAACGACCGUCUACAUCGACUCAACAAGUUAUAUGAGAGCUACAAGUCUGGACAGUACACACAGAUGAAAGCUGAAUCCUCGAGUCUCAGCGAGCUCCGUGCCGCGUUUAUUGGCUCCAAACCAGAUGCAUCGCAGAAGCCAAUCGACGCAGAGCUAGCGAAUCUGAUGGGACGAGUCGUAGUUGAUAUCAAAGCGAUUGUUGGAUUUGCCAGAAUUUCUCCAGGAGAUGUAUUCGAAGUUCUCAUCAGACAUGGAUCUCAGAAAUGGAAGACACGUGGAAAGACACUGCCGGAUAGGACUCAGAAAUGGGAGAAAGAGCAAGUAGUGCUGACGUGUGUCCCUGAUCAAUCGAUAGAUGUGAAAGUAUCCGAGUGUAGACUGUUCAAAUCGAAAUCAUUGAAUGAUCGAUCAUUCGAUCCGUGUCAAUUGUUCUCCUCUCAACCACAAUUGGUCACGAUGAACUUGAAUUCAAUGGGAACGAUUAAGCUCCAGUUGGUUGUUACUUGGUUACCCCUCCUCGCCUCGAAGUCCUCCACGAAACCAACGAUCGUCCAGAAUCCUCAAAUCCCAAUGGACGGAGAAGCAACCAUCGAUCGAAAGCCCCGAAUUGUACUCCGCGAGAAGAAACGUGGAUCCGCGGCACGAGUUGCAAUGAAAGAGCAAUGGAGGAACUCAACGAAUAUGUUGGACUCAAUCUAUCUGGAUGUUGCCAAAACGAUUCCAUCAGUCGAUGCAAUGUCGACAUUAGAUCUGAGGAAAGUGCCGAAAGAAUUGAAUACUGGAACACUUCCAGCACCUUCGAGUAAACGAGAAUUCAAGAAUUUCACAAGUUAUUCUCCAAUGUCAUCGUCAACUCUAAUGGGAAAACGAAGUCAAAGUCUGGCUCAAUUGGGAGCCACUACGAAUAGUCCUGACGCCACGAGAGAAUUCAAUCGGAAAUUCAAGAACUCAUCGGAGACUGACACGAAUAGUACGGUAGCGUCGGAAGUGUUUGGUCUGUUGGAAAUGAUUGAGGAGAUUCAACCGAAAGCGAAUCGAAUGUAUCGGGAAUACGAUGAAUUGAGUAGUUUGGUGAAUCUGUUGGCGCAGUGGCAUACGUUGAUCAAGAUGAAUAAGGCAAGUUGCAAAGGAGUGGAAACUAAGUGGAUGCGUUAA